AUGUAUCUCACCAGUGCUUUCUUCCUCUUCGCCCUUGUUGGGGGCUCCAUUCGAAGCGAGGCAUCCGCGACUGCCGCAGCACCGAAGCCGUCGAAAAGCUUGAAGGAUGAGCCUGGACCUGCCUUGGCGAACAUGAAAGAUCGCGCCGCACCAGCUCCGACUGGCAAGAAGUCGCAAGAGGUCGCAACGACCGAUAAUGAGGAUGAUGAAAUAGUUGAGCGAGAAGAUCUUGUGGAUAGAUUUGCCGAGGCGUUCAUCGGAAUGAACAGUACACAAAUCAAAACUUCCAAACUUGAGACGUGCAAUACUGUUCAAAAGUGCAAGAAGAUCUGGAGACAGAACGGACUUCACGAUUUGCUUCGAGAAUUUCUUAGCUACCGCGAUAACGAACGCGAAGAUUUGGCAAGGUUUCUCAGAGAUGAGUACCAUGUCCUUGUAGAAAUCAAGAGAAAAUUAUCUAGUGACAGUUUGGAUCGAUAUGAAGUUAAUUUCUUGUAUGACGUUCUCCGCCUGUGGAGAAGACUACAAUGUAUCUGA